AUGGGCGACAGUUCGGAACAAGAACGAUUAGGACAGUUAUUCCAAGCUUGUGAUUUGGAUGGAUCUGGGUUUAUUGAUCAAACCGAACUUGCCUCAGUUUGCACGGAAUUGGACGUGGAAGAACUAAAAGAUGUCUUCUCUCAGUUGGACAAAGAUGGCGACGGUAGAAUCAGUGUGGAAGAAUUCGCACGUGGUUUUCAAGAAAUUAACGAGGCUAUGCAAGGCAAAUCUCGCGAGAAAAUACGACAGACGUUGAAGAGCGCGAGCUCUAUGGAUUGUUUGGCGGGAAAUGAUUUGUAUGCUAAUACCGGCUUGGAUGAUAGUUUGAAAAGCCUGACAUGGCCUAAGUGUAGGAGAGUCGUACCACAUAAUAUAUUAAAGAUAAAUGAAUGCAAACAACAACGAAAUAUAAGCUUGUGUUAG